AGCAGAAUAGUGCAUAACUGUUCAGUUCCAUACCCGUGACGGCUGCAGCGCUGCGGAGCUCCUUUUACCGAUGAUCACCACCUGAUGUGACAUUUCCUUCUCACUCGUCGACACAUUUGGAAGCAAUGAGAGGCAUAGUGGGGCUUUUGCACUACGUGGGACUUUAUGUGCAAUUGAACGCAGCGCUCUAUGGAGAACAAAAUGAACUGGACAAUCAUUUAUCUGGAAAUGCUUUAUUCACAGAGGUGCCCCACGACAUCACGACACAGAGUGGCGAGGAUGUAGAGAUGGCGUGUUCCUUCCGCGGCGCAGGUUCUCCUUCUUCUCUGGAGAUCCAGUGGUGGUACACCAAGGAGCACAGACACGGACCCAAGAAGCCUCCUCAUAUCACAAAUGAUGUUGUUCCUCUGGAGGAGACGUUGAAAGACGCCACUAAAAUUAGCGUGGUGAAAGUAGCCGGCAGCAACAUUUCACACAAGCUACGCCUGUCCAGCGUCAAGCCGUCCGACGAGGGCACCUACGAGUGUCGCGUCAUUGACUUCAGCGGCUCUGUGGCGCAGCGCCAUCAUGUUCGGGCCUACCUCCACGUGGAGCCUCGCCAGAGCUCCGACGUCCACGGAUCGCACCGUCGCUCGGACCAGCGGGGCAGCCAGCACAGGAGAGAGAGAGACGAAAAGGAGAUGGGGUCACAGCACGACUGACUGACGACAAAGUCUGUUUCUUAGCGUACAUGUUCGUGACUAAGAAGGUGAUCAUUCUCAUCGUCCACAUCAUUUUUAUUGUUGCCGCCUUCCAUCUUUUUGCUUUGUUUCUAAUAUGAAACGGAUGUGCUUUUUAUGAGUCAAACCUCUGCAGCUGUUUUUUUUUUUUGUAAACGGGUAAUCAUUACUAGCACUGAUUUUUUUUUUAUGUGUUGCUAAUCUCCAUUUGCAGGAAUGUACAAUUAAUUCCCAAUUGAAAGGAAACAACCAUCUGUUUUCCCUCCCACUUGGCCUCAUUCGAUUUGUGGCUGGACUGGAACUUUAAUGAACUUGGCAUGUUUUUGUAAUGUUGGAGGAAGUUGACGUUAAGGAGGUUAAGCGAUAAACUUGGAAUGGGCAAAUGUACGUAAGUAAAAUAUUUAUUAUCACGUCUCAUAGUGGCUUCAAGACCGUUUGAAAAAUGUUUUUGUUUAGAAUGUUUUUCGUUUGAAAUGUAUGCCUUCAACAACAAUAUUGGCUGUCUUGUAAUUGCUAUUCUCAUUUUAUCCACUACGAUCCAGUAAAACUGUUUGUGUACCUUCAUGCCUACUAUGUUGCAGGUCUUUCUCAACAUAUUUUACACUUUGUGUUUCUUUUAGAAUUUAACUAGUAUGUCCACAUAAAUCUUUAUUGGAGUUAAAUACUCCCAAAAUCUGAAGGUGUCUUGUAUUUUCAACACGUUUAAUAAUUUUUGACUGUUGGCAGUGGAGGGCAGUGUUGUCACAUAACGCAAGUAAAACAAAAUAUGGAAUACA